AUGCAGCGCGCCCCGGCCCUGUCACAGCGAGAUCGCGAGCUGCCGCUGCUGGGAUAUGUAGUUCCGGUGUCAGGAUGUAACGCAGUGUGUGAUGGCAGCAGGACUCCAUAUCCCGGCAUGCAGCGCGCCCCAGCCCUGUCACAGCGAGAUCGCGAGCUGCCGCUGCUGGGAUAUGUAGUUCCGGUGUCAGGAUGUAACGCAGUGUGAGGUGGCAGCAGGACUCCAUAUCCCGGCAUGCAGCGCGCCCCGGCCCUGUCACAGCGAGAUCGCGAGCUGCCGCUGCUGGGAUAUGUAGUUCCGGUGUCAGGAUGUAACGCAGUGUGAGGUGGCAGCAGGACUCCAUAUCCCGGCAUGCAGCGCGCCCCGGCCCUGUCACAGCGAGAUCGCGAGCUGCCGCUGCUGGGAUAUGUAGUUCCGGUGUCAGGAUGUAACGCAGUGUGUGAUGGCAGCAGGACUCCAUAUCCCGGCAUGCACCGCGCCCCGGCUCCUCCUCCUCACUGUCAGCGCUGGGGAGACAGACUGAGCUUUACACCACCGGCCUGAGAGCAGGUUACUGGGAGCCUGGGGAUGGGGGACCCCAAAAUAUUACUACUGGAGGGGGGGGACCCCAAAAUAUUACUACUGGAGGGGGGGGACCCCAAAAUAUUACUACUGGAGGGGGACCCCAAAAUAUUACUACUGGGGGAGGGGGACCCCAAAAUAUUACUACUGGAGGGGGGGGACCCCAAAAUCUUACUACUGGAGGGGGGGGGGACCCCAAAAUAUUACUACUGGGGGGAGCAAAGUAUUAUUAUUAUUAUUAUUAUUAUUACUGGGGGGGAGCAAAGUAUUAUUAUUACUAUUAUUACUGGUGGGAGAGCAAAGUAUUAUUAUUAUUAUUAUUAUUAUUAUUACUGGGGGGGAGCAAAGUAUUAUUAUUACUAUUAUUACUGGUGGGAGAGCAAAGUAUUAUUAUUAUUAUUAUUAUUAUUAUUACUGGGGGGGAGCAAAGUAUUAUUAUUACUAUUAUUACUGGUGGGAGAGCAAAGUAUUAUUAUUAUUAUUAACUGGGGGGGAGCAAAGUAUUAUUAUUAUUACCGGGGGGAGCAAAGUAUUAUUAUUAUUAUUACUGGGGGUGAGCAAAGUAUUAUUAUUAUUAUUAUUAUUAUUACUGGGGGGAGCAAAGCAUUAUUAUUAUUAUUAUUACUGGGGGGGAGCAAAGUAUUAUUAUUAUUAUUAUUAUUAUUAUUAUUACUGGGGGGGAGCAAAGUAUUAUUAUUAUUAUUAUUAUUACUGGGGGGAGCAAAGCAUUAUUAUUAUUAUUACUGGGGGGUGAGCAAAGUAUUAUUAUUACUAUUAUUACUGGUGGGAGAGCAAAGUAUUAUUAUUAUUAUUAUUAUUAUUAUUAUUAUUAUUAUUAUUACUGGUGGGGAGCAAAGUAUUAUUAUUAUUAUUAUUACUGGGGGGAGCAAAGCAUUAUUAUUAUUAUUAUUACUGGGGGGUGAGCAAAGUAUUAUUAUUACUAUUAUUACUGGUGGGAGAGCAAAGUAUUAUUAUUAUUAUUAUUAUUACUGGGGGGGAGCAAAGUAUUAUUAUUACUAUUAUUAUUAUUAUUAAUAUAUUACUGGGGAGCAAAGUAUUAUUAUUACUAUUAUUACUGGUGGGAGAGCAAAGUAUUAUUAUUAUUAUUAUUAUUAUUAUUAUUAUUAUUAUUACUGGGGGGAGCAAAGUAUUAUUAUUAUUAUUACUGGGGGAGAGCAAAGUAUUAUUAUUAUUAUUACUGGGGGAGAGCAAAGUAUUAUUAUUAUUAUUAUUAUUAUUAUUAUUAUUAUUAUUAUUACUGGGGGGGAGCAAAGUAUUAUUAUUAUUAUUAUUACUGGGGGGAGCAAAGCAUUAUUAUUAUUAUUAUUACUGGGGGGAGCAAAGUAUUAUUACUAGGGGGGGAGCAAAGUAUUAUUAUUAUUACUGGGGGAUGGGGACAAAGUAUUAUUAUUACAGGGGGGGAGCAAAGUAUUAUUAUUACUGGGGGGGAGCAAAGUAUUAUUAUUAUUACUGGGGGAUGGGGACAAAGUAUUAUUAUUACAGGGGGGAGCAAAGUAUUAUUAUUACUGGAGGGGGAGCAAAGUAUUAUUAUUAUUACUAUGGGGUGAGGUUUUGGGGGGGGGGCGACAUGUCACUGCUCCUGGAUUGAGAGGGGGACAUGUCAUUGCUCCUGGAUUGAGAGGGGGACAUGUCACUGCUCCUGGCUUGAGAGGGGGACAUGUCACUGCUCCUGGCUUGAGAGGGGGACAUGUCACUGCUCCUGGAUUGAGAGGUGGACAUGUCACUGCUCCCGGAUUGAGAGGUGGACAUGUCACUGCUCCUGGAUUGAGAGGGGGACAUGUCACUGCUCCUGGAUUGAGACGGGAACAUGUCACUGCUCCAGGAUUGAGAAGGGGGACAUGUCACUGCUCCAGGAUUGAGAAGGGGGACAUGUCACUGCUCCUGGAUUGAGAGGGGGACAUGUCACUGCUCCUGGAUUUAGAGGGGACAUGUCAUUGCUCCUGGAUUGAGAGGGGGGCAUGUCACUGCUCCAGGAUUGAGAGGGGGGCAUGUCACUGCUCCUGGAUUGAGAGGGGGACAUGUGACUGCUCCUGGAUUGAGAGUGGGGCAUGUCACUGCUUCUGGAUUGAGAAGGGGGCAUGUCACUGCUCCUGGAUUGAGAAGGGGGCAUGUCACUGCUCCUGGAUUGAGAAGGGGGCAUGUCACUGCUCCCAGCACUCUGGUCGUGUCCAGGUCAUUGCUUAUUCUUUUGGGUUUCAUCCUUGGGUGUUGCUGGAAGUUAGCCGUCUCCUGAAAAGGAAUAGUAUUUGUAUUAUUAUUACUGGGGGCAGCAAAGUAUUAUUAUUAUUAUUAUUAUUAUUAUUAUUAUUAUUAUUAUUAUUAUUAUUGGGGGAGCAAAGUAUUACUACUAUUAUUAUUACGGGGGAGGGGAGCAAAGUAUUAUUAUUAUUAGUAGUACUGGGGGAGCAAAGUAUUAAUAUUAUUAUUACUUGGGGGAGCAAAGUAUUAUUAUUAUUAUUAUUAUUAUUAUUAUUAUUAUUAUUACUGGGGUAGCAAAGUAUUAUUAUUAUUAUUAUUAUUAUUAUUAUUAUUAUUACUGGGGGGAGCAAAUUAUUAUUACUAGGGGGGGAGCAAAGUAUUAUUAUUUAUUAUUAUUAUUAUUAUUAUUAUUACUGGGGGGAGCAAAGUAUUAUUAUUAUUACUGGGGGGAGCAAAGUAUUAUUACUAGGGGGGGAGCAAAGUAUUAUUAUUAUUACUGGGGGAUGGGGACAAAGUAUUAUUAUUACAGGGGGGAGCAAAGUAUUAUUAUUACUGGAGGGGGAGCAAAGUAUUAUUAUUAUUACUAUGGGGUGAGGUUUUGGGGGGGGGGCGACAUGUCACUGCUCCUGGAUUGAGAGGGGGACAUGUCAUUGCUCCUGGAUUUAGAGGGGACAUGUCAUUGCUCCUGGAUUGAGAGGGGGACAUGUCAUUGCUCCUGGAUUGAGAGGGGGACAUGUCACUGCUCCUGGAUUGAGAGGGGGACAUGUCACUGCUCCUGGAUUGAGAGGGGGACAUGUCACUGCUCCAGGAUUGAGAGGGGGACAUGUCACUGCUCCAGGAUUGAGAGGGGGACAUGUCACUGCUCCAGGAUUGAGAGGGGGACAUGUCACUGCUCCAGGAUUGAGAGGGGGACAUGUCACUGCUCCAGGAUUGAGAGGGGGACAUGUCACUGCUCCUGGAUUGAGAGGGGGACAUGUCACUGCUCCUGGAUUGAGAAGGGGGCAUGUCACUGCCCAGGAUUGAGAGGAGGACAUGUCACUGCUCCUGGAUUGAGAAGGGGACAUGUCACUGCUCCUGGAUUGAGAGGGGACAUGUCAUUGCUCCUGGAUUGAGAGGGGGGCAUGUCACUGCUCCAGGAUUGAGAGGGGGGCAUGUCACUGCUCCUGGAUUGAGAGGGGGACAUGUGACUGCUCCUGGAUUGAGAGGGGGGCAUGUCACUGCUUCUGGAUUGAGAAGGGGGCAUGUCACUGCUCCUGGAUUGAGAAGGGGGCAUGUCACUGCUCCUGGAUUAAGAAGGGGGCAUGUCACUGCUCCUGGAUUGAGAGGGGGACAUGUCACUGCUCCAGGAUUGAGAGGGGGACAUGUCACUGCUCCUGGAUUGAGAAGGGGGCAUGUCACUGCUCCCAGCACUCUGGUCGUGUCCAGGUCAUUGCUUAUUCUUUUGGGUUUCAUCCUUGGGUGUUGCUGGAAGUUAGCCGUCUCCUGAAAAGGAAUAGUAUUUGUGGUAAAUUACACGAUAGGACAAAUCAUAAAAUUCAAACAUAUAACUAACACCCCUUUCUGACAGGAAGAAUCACUCUACGGCUGAUUAUCAGAAGAAUGAAAUUUAGCAAAAUGCGAGAUUUCGGAGGAAAGAUGCUAUAG